AAAGUCCUGAGGGCAGUCACAGUGAGCAUUCUCCUAACAUGGCUGGAAAGAGGGAACUUCUGAUGUUGGAGAACUUUAUAGGUGGAAAAUUUUUACCCUGUAACUCAUAUAUAGAUUCUUACGAUCCGUCAACGGGGGAAGUGUAUUGUAAAGUACCAAAUAGUGGGAAAGAAGAGAUCGAAACUGCCGUGGAGGCUGCCAGAGAGGCCUUCCCUGCCUGGUCAUCCCGGAGUCCCCAGGAACGUUCUCACGUUCUGAACAGGCUGGCUGAUGUACUGGAGCAGUCCCUGGAGGAGUUAGCCCAGGCAGAAUCUAAAGACCAAGGGAAAACCCUCUCGCUGGCAAGGACCAUGGACAUUCCUCGGUCUGUUCUGAACUUCCGGUUCUUCGCGUCCUCCAUCCUGCACCACGUAUCGGAGUGCACACAGAUGAGCCACCUGGACUGUAUGCACUACACCGUUCGCACCCCCGUGGGAAUUGCCGGUUUGAUCAGCCCUUGGAAUUUACCACUCUACCUGCUGACCUGGAAGAUAGCCCCAGCCAUCGCUGCUGGGAAUACUGUGAUAGCCAAGCCCAGUGAGCUGACUUCUGUGACAGCCUGGAUGUUUUGUAAACUCUUGGAUAAAGCAGGUGUCCCACCAGGUGUGAUCAAUAUUGUGUUUGGAACAGGGCCAAGAGUUGGUGAGGCCCUUGUGUCUCACCCAGAGGUACCCUUGAUCUCCUUCACUGGGAGCCAACCCACAGCUGAACGGAUUACCCAGCUAAGUGCCCCCCACUGCAAGAAGCUCUCUCUGGAGCUGGGAGGCAAGAAUCCUGCUGUCAUCUUUGAGGAUGCCAACCUGGAGGAGUGUAUCCCAGCAACUGUUAGGUCCAGCUUUGCUAACCAGGGGGAGAUCUGUCUCUGUACCAGCAGGAUCUUUGUCCAGAGGAGCAUCUAUAUGGAAUUUCUAAAGAGGUUUGUGGAAGCUACCAGAAAGUGGAAAGUUGGCAUUCCUUCUGAUCCAUCAGCCAACAUGGGUGCUUUGAUAAGUAAAGCACAUCUGGAGAAAGUCAGAAGUUAUGUAGCGAAAGCUCGCGCUGAGGGUGCCCAGAUUCUAUGUGGUGAGGGUGUGGACCAGCUGAGCCUUCCACUCAGGAACCAGACAGGCUACUUCAUGCUUCCCACGGUGAUAACAGACAUUAAGGAUGAGUCCUGCUGCAUGACAGAGGAGAUCUUUGGCCCAGUGACGUGUGUUGUUCCUUUUGAUAGUGAAGAGGAAGUGAUUACAAGAGCUAACAGCGUUAAGUAUGGGCUGGCAGCCACAGUGUGGUCAAAGGAUGUGGGGCGCAUCCACAGGGUAGCUAAGAAGCUUCAGUCAGGGCUAAUCUGGACCAACUGCUGGCUCAUCAGGGAGCUGAACCUGCCCUUUGGAGGGAUGAAGAGCUCUGGAAUAGGAAGAGAAGGAGCCAAGGACUCAUACGACUUCUUUACUGAAAUAAAAACCAUCACCAUUAAACACUGACCUUCCCCAUGGGGAAGCUGUUGCGGCUGAUCCCUGACGGCAGAGAAUCACUGGUCAGUGCAGCCAACAGAAAUCCUAGUGUGUGCUCAGUCUUGUCUUGACUUUCCAGUAGACUGGCUCUUGCUGACCAUUGCUAGUUGGUAUUUUUUACUGGCUUGUGAAAAAAAAAAGGCUGUUUUUAUGAAUUCUUGAAAAUCUGUCAAAAUUGGGUAUUUUUAUUUACAAAUAUAUGGCAAAACCAAAAACAAAUAAAAGGCCUGUAGACCUGGGAGAUGGCUCAGUGGGUAACGUGCUUGCUGUAUAAGCAUAAGGGCCUAAAGACUGACCUGGUGGUAUACAACACACACACACACACACACACACACACACACACCACCACCACCACCACCACCACCACUAACAACAACAACAACACAAACAAGCCUGAAGAGAAACAGCGCAAUCAGUUUCUGCCUUGACAAAGUUGUGGAGAUGAACCUCCCAACCCCGUAGCCACUACCGAACUGACUGACAAUUGGCUGAGUUCAUUCAUAUCGGGAAGUGAUAAUCGUCUGAAGAGCUUGUAGGCAUCACAUAUGAUAGAUCUUACUAAAUAUGUCUGGUAUGAAUAAAGGAAAACAAGUUAGUUACUUUUGAGAGGUUAACUCAGAACACAAUACAUAGUCUGCUCUAUUUUCACUGUCAAGUCUAAUCAACUCUAAUUCUUCAAAGAGGCAAUAAAUUGUUCAGCAGUAUGGCAUAUGCCCGGGGUUGUGCGUUACUCUCCUUACCCUCAUUUUCUCAGAAGUACAGACUUUUUACUAAUAAAAGUAUGUCUAACACCCUG